UAAUCUGUCGGAAGAUGUCGCUGUUCUCUCUUCUCCGCAGUCGGAGCCUCUCCUCUUCGCUCCUCUCCUCUCCAUGAGUGGACCCCUUCUUUUCUAUUAUAACAAGAGAGGGAAUGGGACGGAGAGAGAUAGAGGUGGGCAGAGGUGUGACUGCCGGACAGGCAGAGGCAGAGGGACACGUUGAGAGCCAGCUGGGCAUUUGCCACAUCCAGUUUUAAUUUAGUUUUUGUUUUGUUUUUCCUUUAAAGAAAAACUUUAGUUUUCGUGCGUAAACGGGCUCCAGGUUCCAAAUCCUUUAGAGUUGUGCUUCACUUUGAGACUGAGCAGAGUAUUUGGAGUUAGUGGUCUGGGUGGAGUUUUCUUUGACUCCGCUAGAGUCCCUGCGGUGCUCGGAUUACAAUGCAAAGGAUUUUGGAGAUUUGGGUCACCUUGGUGACAGUUUCCGCGCUGACCGAGCGCGUCUUGGGAGGAUACGGGCUCAGCAUGUUCGCUGCGCAGUCGUCCCCUCCGGACCCGUGCUACGACGAGAACGGGAACCCCCGGAGAUGCAUCCCCGACUUCGUCAACUCCGCUUUUGGGAAGGACGUGCGCGUAACCACCACCUGCGGCAACCCGGCCGCCCGGUACUGCGUGGUGACCGAGAAGGGCGAGGAGAGGACUAGGGACUGUCACACGUGCGACGCCGGGGACCCCAAGAAGUCCCAUCCACCUGCGUAUUUGACGGACCUCAACAACCCUCACAACCUCACCUGCUGGCAGUCUGAAAACUACGUGCAGUACCCGCAGAACGUCACCCUCACCUUGUCGCUGGGUAAAAAGUUCGAGGUCACCUACGUGAGCCUGCAGUUCUGCUCACCGAGACCGGAGUCCAUGGCGAUCUACAAGUCCAUGGACUACGGGAAGUCGUGGGUGCCGUUCCAGUUUUAUUCCACGCAGUGCAAGAAGAUGUACAACCGGCAGAACAAAGCGGCGAUCACCAAGCAGAACGAGCAAGAGGCGAUCUGCACGGACUCCCACACGGACAUGCACCCUCUGACGGGCGGGCUCAUCGCCUUCAGCACCCUGGACGGCAGACCGUCGGCGCACGACUUCGACAACUCCCCCGUGCUGCAGGACUGGGUGACGGCCACCGACAUCAAGGUGAUCUUCAGCCGGCUCCACACCUUCGGCGACGAGAACGAGGACGACUCGGAGCUGGCCCGCGACUCCUACUUUUACGCGGUGUCCGACCUGCAGGUCGGGGGCCGGUGCAAGUGCAACGGGCACGCGUCGAAGUGCGUCAAGGACCGGGAGGGGAAUCUGGUCUGCGAGUGCAAACACAACACGGCGGGACCGGAGUGCGACAGGUGCAAACCUUUCCACUAUGACCGCCCCUGGCAGCGCGCUACGGCCAGAGAAGCCAACGAGUGUGUCGCCUGCCACUGCAACCUGCACGCCCGGCGCUGUCGUUUCAACAUGGAGCUGUACAAGCUGUCGGGCCGAAGGAGCGGCGGGGUUUGCCUCAACUGUCGUCACAACACAGCGGGACGCCACUGUCACUACUGCAAGGAAGGCUACUACAGGGAUCUGACCAAGUCCAUCGCCCACCGAAAGGCUUGCAAAGCUUGUGAUUGCCAUCCAGUUGGAGCAGCAGGGAAGACGUGCAACCAGACAACAGGGCAAUGCCCCUGCAAGGACGGCGUGACCGGGAUCACCUGCAACCGCUGUGCUAAGGGUUACCAGCAGAGCCGCUCUCCUAUCGCGCCCUGCAUCAAGAUUCCAGUUGCAUCUCCCACGGCAACUUAUAGCAGCUACAACGAGCCGACAGAUUGUGAAUCUCACUGUAAAGCGUCCAAGGGGAAAAUGAAGAUCACCAUGAAGAAGUACUGCAAAAAAGACUUUGCCGUCCAAGUGCACGUGCUGAAGGGAGACAAGACGGGCGAGUGGUGGAAGUUCACCGUCAACAUCAUUUCUGUCUACAAGCAAGGCGAGCACCGCAUCCGGCGCGGGGACCAGCUGCUGUGGGUGCGCGCCAAGGACGUGGCCUGCAGAUGCCCCAAGAUCAAGCCCGGGAGGAAGUACCUGCUCCUGGGCACCGACGACGACUCCUCCGGGCAGAGUGGCGUCGUCGCCGACAAAGGAAGCCUGCUCAUCCCCUGGAAGGACCUGUGGGGCCGCCGGCUGAGGAAGUUCCAACAGCGUGACAAGAGGGGAAAGUGCUAAAAGUGGCUGGAGAGGGAAGGGGAGAUGGAGGAGGAGGAGGAGGAGGAAGAGGCGCAGGCAGAGUGACACCUCCACUGGGAUGAAAUCGAGGAAGAGGAAAAGGAUGGAUGUAAAAAAAAAAUAAAAAAUAAACUGGAAGAUUUAAAAAUAGAGAGACACAGGUGAUAAGUAGGAGGGAUGGGGGGAGGGGAAGGACUGAGUGCUGCUGCUCGAACCAGAGCGAAGAGAUUAGUGUUCUUUUAGGAACUUUUGUGAAGGAGCUCAUUCCAGUUUUUCUGUUCGUCUUUCAAGGUGUUUUGUUGUAUAAUUGCAGAGUUUGCACCUCAUGUUACAGAUACGUCUCAGCCUGACUAUUUUACCCAUGAUGCCAUUGUCAGUUGUGCAUUUUCCCGCGUCACCCCUUUUUUUUUGUGUCUUCAGAGGAUCUGUUUCCACUGUGCUGUGAAAAUCAUUGCCAAGUGAUGAGUUAUUGCGUGGCCUUGAGGGACUUGUGUCUGAUAAGUUGCCAGAGAAUGUUUUUUGCAACAGUUUAAAGUAAAAAAAAAAGAAAGAAAAAAAGUCAAAUUGUGCAGUUUUUCCCCUGCUCACACGUGCGCGUUACCUCAGUGAAAACAACUUAUCGUCGCGGGAACAAAAUGCCACGACGCUCCUCUCCUCGUUCUGUACAAUGCUCUCGUUACAUCCAAGCCUUCGCUUCGUGCUUCUAGAUGUAUCGACACGAUGUUGUGGUUGUGACCUCUGCAAUAUAAAGUAACCAUACGUGCAUACAUAGACAUUAUUUUUUAGUAGAUGAUGCCGUAGACAUAGAGUAGACUUGUCAACCAUGCACUUAUUUUUACUAGAAGUUUUAGAACAUAUGAGAUAUGUUCAUUUUUUUUCUUUUUUUUUUUUUAGAGUGGCAUCCAAAAACAAAAAUAAAUAUCCCAUAUUGUACCAUUUUAAGCAAAAAAAAACAAACAAAAAAAAAAAACUGUAAAGCUCACUGAUGCCUGUAUGGACUGAUGUUUCUGACUUUAACAACAAUGUUCAGAAAAGUCAGAAUUUAGUGUUUUUUUUUUCUUGUCUAAUAAAAGGACUAAAUGUAAGUUCCCAGACAUUUGCAAAGUGACCUAUCAAGCGAAACCUCAUACUGCAUGCUCACUAUUUACUGAAGCCGACCGGCUAAUUGUGAAUUACUAUACAGUAUUCAGUGUUGUGGGAAAAUAACCUGUGGAGUGAUACAUAUCACAGAUGUUUAACGUGCAUCCAGCACACUGUGUCAAACGUUCGACAACCUCAAAGCCACUUUCGGAGGACUGGAAGACUUGGUACUCGACAAAAAAAAACAUAAAAAAACAAAAAAAAAAGGCAUGACGGAUUGUCUACGUGUUCUAUAGCUGUAUAAUAUUACUGUUUUUUUUUUUUUUGUUAUUGUUGUUAAAAUAUUAACUAGAUUUAUCUCCAUGUGAACUUAACCAGAGUUUUUAAAUACUUAAUAAACGGAAAGACAAAUAAAUGAAUGUCAAGACGAAUUUCUCACCUGAGUUAUAUGAUCCCCACGCGUAAAAGUACAUAAAAUACACACAUAAAUACAGGAGUACACGUCAGUGCUCUGUGCAUCAUACUGUAUUUUUUCUGAUAAAUUCUCUCAAGUGCGGAAAAGGUACCCGACUCUUGUUCUCCACAAACGCCACGUCUCAGUAAUUAUCUGCUCAUGUUUAUACACUCGACUUGUAAAUGUUGUUUAGCGGUGUCCACUACAAAAGGUUGUGUAAUGUCUUGUAAUACUAAUAUAUUAUGUUUAUCACAAAUGAAUAUAUUUAAUGACACAUGAAACAGUUCUGUGGUGUUUUACUGUUGAUCUUUUGUUUUCUUUUUCUUUCUUUCUUUUUUUUUUUUUUUUACUUUUGCAUAUUUGGAUUGUAGACGGCUGUAAUGGCAUGGUGUUGGUAAGUGUUUGGCUACUGAGCCGCCUGAUAGAAGUGAAAAUUAAUUCAUUUGAAAUAAAGCUGUGUGAAAAUGCAACGUGAGGACGAUCCCAGCUCAAAUCCCA